AUGUGGCUGGAAUGUGGAACAGCUCAAGCCAAUUCUGCUGCAAGUCCCACCUCCCUGCAGAGCUGCUCGAGUGAAAAUUCAGUGCAGACAACAGCCCAUGUAUGUCAGACAGAAACCCAGAGUGCCAUCCCUCCACACAGCAUGAUUGGAAAUCUGGCCUGUACCUUGGGAAGACAAACAGCUUCUGUGGCUCCUAGAAUCGUUCAGAUGAGAAGAUUCCUGCAUGGAACUCAUUUCAGGGUUUCAUCUUCUGUGGAGGAAGCUCUGGCUGAUGGGAGACCGAUCGUAGCCUUGGAGAGCACCAUCAUUACACAUGGCAUGCCCUAUCCCCAGAAUUUGAGCAUGGCCAGAGAGGUGGAAGAGAUUGUAAGGACAAAUGGGUCAGUACCUGCAACCGUGGGCAUUUUAAAUGGCAGGAUCCACAUCGGCCUUAAUGAUGAGGAACUUCAGUUUCUGGCAAAGAGCAAAAAUUUAGUUAAGGUAUCUCGGAGGGACCUUCCCUACGUUCUCAGCCAGGGUUUGUCUGGCGGUACCACUGUGUCAGGGACGAUGAUUGUGGCACACAAAGCAGGAAUCCCCGUGUUUGUGACAGGAGGAAUUGGAGGGGUCCAUCGCAAAGGAGAGACGACUAUGGAUGUGAGUGCUGACCUGACCGAGCUAGGACGCACUGCAGUUGCUGUGGUUUCCGCAGGUGUUAAGUCUAUUCUGGACAUUGGUAGGACGCUGGAAUACCUGGAGACUCAGGGUGUCUGCGUGGCUGCCUUUGGGGAAUCAAGGGAAUUCCCUGCCUUCUUCUCCCGCCAGAGUGGUUUCCAAGCACCAUGUCAGGUGCAGAAUGAGGAGGAGGCUGCCAAACUUAUUGCCAGCACCUUGGCACUGGGCAUGGGCAGUGGAGUGCUGAUUGCAGUGCCCUGCCCUGAGGAGGAAGCUGCUUCAGGACAGGUCAUUGAAAAUGCCAUCCAAGAAGCUCUGAGCAACGCCCGGUCAAAAGGGAUCAUAGGGAAAGAGCUGACUCCCUUUAUGUUACAGAAGGUGAAUGAACUGACUAGUGGAAAAUCGCUGGACUCCAACAUCGCUCUGAUCCAGAACAAUGCCAGAGUGGGCAGCCGCAUAGCUGUGGCCCUGUGCAAGAUCCAAACUGCCACAGGGAAGGGCAACCUGCCUCAGCGUGAGAAAGUAACUGCACUUAGGCCUGUGGUGAUUGGAGGCAUCAACGUGGACUUCAUAGCCAAGGCGAGGAAUACCACCAUACAGGCUGGCGGACAGACAAAUGCUGGGCAAGUGAGCCAAUCUUUCGGAGGUGUGGGGAGAAACCUGGCAGAUUGUUUAAGCCGUCUUGGGAAGACCCCUCUCUUUAUCUCAGCUCUGGGGAAGGAUGAAUAUUCAGAGUCCAUCUUGCGUUACUGCCACCACAUGGACAUGGCAGGAGUCCUUCAGCUUGCGGGGCACAGUACAGCCACCUACUGUGCAGUGAUUACAGGCAGCGGGGAGCUCAGCCUUGGCUUGGGAGACAUGGACAUCCACCAGCAGAUAACAGAGCAACAUGUGUGCAAGUUCAAGGAGAGUCUAUGCUCAGCCCCAUUGGUAUGUAUUGAUGGGAACGUGCCAGUUGCCACCAUUCAGUACGUCUGUGAAAUUGCUAGAGAGCACCAGAUAGCAGUGUGCUAUGAGCCGACAGAUGAGAACAAGGCUUCUAAGCCAUUCCUUUCAGACAGCUGGAGAGCGCUGACCUACAUCUCCCCCAAUCUGCGAGAACUAAGGGCAAUAAAUCAGACCCUCGGGCACCCUGUGCCGGCAGAGCUGCCGUCCAGGCUGGAGGAUGUUGUCAGGACUGCGAUGACCCUGACCCGCCCCUUGCUGACACAACUGCACUGUGUGGUGGUGACACUCGGCAUGCAUGGAGUCCUCUUGUGUGGCAGGAGAGUGGAAGGGAGUGUCUCACUGUGCCCUGGAACUCACAAACAGAAUGCUGCCGGCGAGCUGUGUGCCACCCACUACCCAGCAAUCCCCAUCUCCAGGGAAGAGAUAGUGAAUGUCUCAGGAGCGGGUGACAGUUUAAUGGCAGGGAUAAUCGCUGGGCUACUUGCUGGGCACGACACAGAUACCUGCGUCCGGAUGGGCCUGCUCUCUGCCUGCCUCUCCCUCCGUUCAUACGAGCCCGUCUCCCAGGAGAUCAGUACUGUCAGCGUGAACAUGGAACAGGUCAAGGCUAGGAGCUGGCCAGAGGUGAAGAUGUGGAAGAUGAAUUAGAGUUUAUGCUCCAGAGCUCUAGCAGAUGUUACCUUCCCAUUCCAACCACACCUGAAGUGCAACAUUACUUCAGAUUUCCACCCCCCACUGUCAAUCCCCCAAUGCCACACAGCCAAUAUCUCCCAGAAAGCAAAAAAAAAAAAACAAAAAAACCAGGGUGCCUAAACAGCUUGGGUUGCACCUUCCUGAAAAAGCUUGUAUUUCUUCCUCCCAUCUUCAUAGGGUAGACGCCAAACUCCUUUCAACAGCCCUGCUCAGCCACUACUUCAGCAAAACAAUGGAUAUCUGAAACAAUAUGCUUAUUAUAUAUGGGCUGGCCGAACAGCAACCCACUGGCACACAGUUCUAUGAUAUGGCCCAGUGAUCAAAGUGGAGCAUUGUAUGCUGGGACUUAAAUAUCUAGAUACUUCUAUCGCCCCUCUGCAAUGUCCAUGUGCUUCCAAAACACAAAUGAAUAUAACCUCACAUCUCCUCGCUGAGGUGGGGAAGCGCUGUUCUUGUAUUACAAAUGGGGAAUGUGAGGCACAGAGAUUAAGUGAAUUUCCCAAGGUCUCAGUGAGUCUGUAGCACAGCUGGGAACCAAACCAAGAUUUACCAGCUCCCAGCCCAGUGUUUAACCACAAGACCAUUCUUCUACCUGUGGCUCUUCUGGCAUCCAGCUUUUUAUUGCUGAGGCAGUAACAAAAUGUACCAUUAAUACAAAUUAGAUACUGUCCUUCAGCUUCUGGCAAGUUGCUAAUCCUCUGACCACUGAGCAAACAAACCUAUGAAAAGUAAGUUUAUUUCAUCUGGCAUUGGGGUGCUCUCAGGAUCACAUCCCCCCCACUUAUAAAGCUGCAGGAGGAUUAGCCACUGGCUGACCUGGAGGCAGCAAGUCAGACCCCCCUUUCGUGAAUGGGACAUCUGCCACCAUAUUCUGUUCCCUUCAUUUGGAAAAAAGAUCUGUUUUAUCUCCUUUGUCUGUUCAGUCUCCAAGACAUAAUAUCAGAAAGGAUCUAUAAUCUCACCUACAGUGUUGUUACAAACAUUUCACAGUGACAUUAAUGACCAGUGUGUUAGUAGAUUUCAAACGAUAUAUUGCAUGUCACCUUUUAUAUAAAUAUAACUGGUGUGAGAGGUGUAUGAGGUUGUCAGGCCUGACAAGAGUCGCUGAGACAGAGCAGUGAACUACUACUGGGCCUCUGUGUCACAGGAGCCUAAAUACCUCAGAGGACCUGGGGCUGGGUAUCACCACUCAAACAAUGAUCAGGUCACAAGUGACACUGAAGGUGAUGAUUUUAACCCAGUUCCUAGCUCACCUCACAAGAGCCACUAUGCAAGUCCAUGUGCUUGCAGUUCCAAAUGCUCGUAAGACACCCAUGGGGUUUUACAAGUUAGAUGGUUUCAGAGUAACAGCUGUGUUAGUCUGUAUUCGCAAAAAGAAAAGUAGUACUUGUGGCACCUUAGAGACUAACCAAUUUAUUUGAGCAUGAGCUUUCAUGAAGUGAGCUGUAGCUCACGAAAGCUCAUGCUCAAAUAAAUUGGUUAGUCUCUAAGGUGCCACAAGUACUCCUUUUCUUUUUACAAGUUAGAUGGAAGUAUAUGGUUAGUGAAACACCCUAUUGCUGUUUCAGCCUGAACUUGCUGGCAGUGCUUAAAGUGGUCUUAAAAAAGUGGCAGGUUUCACAUAAGCUGGGAGCAGCAGCUGUGGUAAGACAAUGCUUAAAGUGUGUGUGUGCCCCUCAGUGAUCCAGCUCGAUUUUUUCUCCACUGGGUCUAGAACCCCCAACCUUGCAACUUUAAGCACUGCUCGUUAGGGUUGUUCAAUUUUCAGCUUCAGAGUUCAGUGGACUGGUGGUUGUCUGUGCAGUUAAACCUCCUUCACUGGUACCCUUAUGGAUAGAGAGCAGUUGGGGGGUGUGUGUGUGUGUGUAGCAUUAGCCUUCCAGUAUUACAGUGGCCCAACCUUCCUCCUCUUCAAAACCAGCAGGUGGUGUUCGUAAUUCAUUGGCUAAAUUCAGCAGCAAGGCCAGCUAAGGUGGAUGAUUAGCUUUUCUCUCACCUGUAAGCACUGGAAGUUGUGUUUUGCACCACUGGAAACAAAGCAGGAAUCUUCUCUGCCUGUUAUACAGUCUCAGGAAUAUUCAUUUUCACUAAGGCUAUGUCUACACUACGAGCUUGGGGUGUGAUUCCCUACUUGUGUACACAUACUCGCACCAGCUCGCAUCGAGCUAACACCUUUUCCCACCAUCUUUGUGUACUCAGGGGGCAACCUCAGCCUAACCAAAAAGUGGGGGUACCAAGGGUCUUUCCAUUGGAAGCAGUGAAAGAAACACCCCCCCACCCCAACAUCCCAGUGGUGAAAGUGCAUAAUCAGUCAUCUAAGGUAUUUAAAAAUGUAUGGUUGUAAAAGAUGCCUUUGAGACCAAAUUAACCCUUUUCUCUCAUGCACCUCCCCACACCUGAUGUGCACAAUUUGCCAGCAGAUCCAUUUAUUUAUCUCAGUCCUGCCUGCAAAUAGUUUAGCCAAAAUAUGCCAUGAUCACAACUGGGAAAGAAUACGCUAGAC